AUGGCGCAGCGCGCGCGCGAAGGAGCGCCAGAGCACCCGAAUGAACAGUCAGCAGCCCCCUCGCCGGAAGACGCAGCCACAUGCCCAAACGGACAUCUCAGCCAAAGUGCGGCAAAAAAAGGCACACACAAAAAGAGAAGAGAACAGGCAUUCAAAAAUUUUAUCUACCAACAUAUUUUCAACAAGGAUCGUUUUACGAAUAUAUUUAAAAAAAAAAAUGGCCAUAACGCAGGAGGGAAACAUACCGACCAGCAUGGAAACACCGGCAGAAAUCAAGAAGACGUGUGUGAGGAUAAUCAACUCUCAAGUGAUGAAGAAGAGUACAUGCUCUUUCUGAGCUACAUAUAUAAUGAUAUAACGUCGUUUAUAGAAAUAAAUAAAAAUUACCAUUUAGAAAAUUCUAACUAUGCAGAUCUUGAAGAUCUCAUUUUGGAAAUCUGCGGGACCGCCUGCCGUGACGCCUUUCGAAACAUAAAAUCGAUUUUUAAGUCGCCAGGGCAGGGGAGUGUGUGCGAGAGGGCAGAUCAUGGGGGUGUCCGCGGCGUAAAUGACUGCGGUGAGGAGCGACACAAUCAUGAGGCACAUGGUGACGAUCUAUACCAUCCUGAUUCACAUGGUGACCAGCGAUACCAUCCUGACUCACACGGUGACAAGGGAACGAGGGAAGCCCUUCGAAGCCACCCCCCCAGCGCAAGCGACUCCUCCUUCUUCUUCAUCCCCCCCAUGGAAUGCCUAGUUACGCACAUUCACAAGUUGACCUCCAAAAAAGGGGAGGCCCACAACGAUUGCAAGUUCGCAUCCGACGUUAACGAAUUUUUAAAAAACAACGGCUUCGAUAGGCACCCCAUUUAUGGUUCUCUCCAGAGGGGGGAUAAGCCGAGGGAGGAGGGGGAGGCAGAAAAGGCAGAGGGUGCAGAGGAUGCAGAGGAUGCAGAGGAUGCAGAGGAGGGAGAAGAGGCAGACCCUUCUUUUCACGCUGAACUUCCUGCGCCACGAGGGGAGACUCCCCGCUCAUUAGGGCAGAGCUCACCUGCUACUCAUGAGGGAGCCCGCGAGAACGGCCACAGUCAUUUGAGCAGCCACCCAAGUGGUUAUGCCACGCUCGAAGCGGAACUGCCGCACGCACACACGGGGGGGGAAGAGCAGCCCCCCUGCAGUUGUAGCGGUGGUAGCAACUACAGCAGGAGAGACUGUACAGAUCAUCUCUUCUGUAGACGUCUACACAGCGAAGUGGACUCGACCCCCCCAACGCACAGUCAGGAGGGGCGACUCCUUUUGGAAGACGCAACGGAGGAGAUCACCACAAAUGAGAAGAAACAUGACGAAGAGGGGGCCCAACAUGCCCAUUCACCACCAGAAGAGCAUACACAGGGGGGCACCAAUUUUGAGGUCAGCUCGCACAAUGGCAGAGAUACCAUCUGUGUGCACAUCCACAAUUGCAACGAAAAUGAAGCCACUUGGGCUCAUCGGAAAAGUCCUGAUGAAUUUACUUCUUCUUUUCUGAAUGGGAAGGCUCGUUCGGAUGGAGGUGGUGCGAUUUACUCCGCUUUUUCAGGGCCCAAUUGUGCUCCCAAUUUUGACUCGAAUGAUGGGCUGCCGAAUGGACCCGCGCAAGGGAAUUCCCCCCCCGACGGUGCUGCCCAGGAUGACUACAAUGAUGAUGAUGAUGGUGUCGGUUCGGUGGAGGAGGAAACCACGGGCGAUCCGUUUUUGCGGGGUGAACUACUCAUGAAUGGUAGCUUGCAGGGGGGUGCGGAAGCACACAGGGAAAUACAUCAUCAGAAUCAUUCGGACCAUUCCAAGCAGGCUAGUCACUUCAUCCCUUCUGACCCUUCCAAGCAGGCGAGCCGCUCCAACCGAGACGAUGACGUGUUCGAGGACUGCCUCGACGACUAUGUUAAGCCCGCGCGCGCCCCCAACGACAGCCAGGACACGGACACCAACGAUGAUGACUCGGAGGCCGACGCGGACAGCGAAGAGCACGACGUGGCAGCUGAGGUGGACGGCGUGGUAGCUAAGGUGGACGGCGUGGUAGCUAAGGUGGACGGCGUUGCCAGCGAAGUGGACGACGCGAACGGGGCAAAUGCGCCCAGCGAGGAUCACCCCCCCGAUGAGCAGACCGAUGUGCAGACCGAUGUGCAGACCGAUGAGCAGACCAGCAACAAUGUCAGACGAGGAGAGGACAUCCAGGUGUGCGGCGGACAGGGUGGUAGCCAGUUGGGGGAUGAUGAAGAGGGCAUCCCAUCAGAAGGGAAGGACCCCCCAAAGGGGCAGUCCCCAAAGGAGCACACCCCCAAAGGGCUACCCCCCCAAAGGAUAAUCGAGCUGGACCAAAAGGAAUACCUCGAAAAACAGCAAAAGAUGGUGAAAAACAAAACGUACGCAGACCCAGAAAGUAGGAGAGAAUUUCCAAAAAAUAAAAACCCCCACGAUGACUACUACCACUACAAGUACUUUAACAGUUGUGAAAACGUGUCGAAUCCGUAUCGGUACAUGAAGGUGGGGAGGAAGGCCAACAUUCAGGUGACGCCGUCUCCCUUCCCGCAGUUUUUGAGGGACAUCCAGAUUUACAACAUCAGUCAGAAGAAGAUCCGGCUGAAGAAGUAG